GGACACGGCCCUCUGGUUCGCAAUUAAUUCGACAUGAACCCCUCAGCAACAGCUCUUCCUCUUUUCACGCUACUCACGCUGACAUUAGGUAAAUCAAUACCUUUGUCCUCCAAGAUUACGAAUACGGAAAGGGACACACAAUGCAUGCAACAUCACGAAACUAAGAAGAACACUUUGCGACUAGUCACAGUGGUAUUAAGACAUGGAGAUAGGGCACCUGUGGAUACUUAUCCAAAUGAUCCUCAUAUCAAUGAUAGUAUGGAGCCGUAUGGUUGGGGUCAGCUAACAAAUGAAGGAAGAAGGAACCAGUAUAAUCAAGGAUCGUUUCUGCGAAAGCGUUAUGAUUGCUUUCUGAGCUCGACAUAUCAUCCCGACAUAUUUUAUCUGCAGACCACUGAUGUAGAUCGUACGAAAAUGUCGGGCCAAUUGGAGUCCUCUGCUUUGUGGAAACCUAACAAGAGUCAGCAGUUCGUAUCUGAUCUACCUUGGCAACCAGUUACACUGUUUUAUCAGGAACGUCAAGACGACACGCUUUUGUUAAUAUGGAACAAGUGUCCAAAAUAUACACAACUGCGCUCGUCAGCGAACGAUUUGCCGGAAGUCCAGAAGGUGCAUGAGGAUAGUAAGCAAUUGUUCACCGAACUUUCGAACUUCACGGGCAUGCCGAUCACGACUGUUGACGAUGCUAGUUCACUUUAUGCUACGUUGACAUCUGAGAAAUAUAUGAAUUUGGACUUGCCAGAAUGGACAAAAGAUUACUAUCCUGAAAAAUUGGAACUCUUGACCUUAUUUGAACUGCAGCUUAAUACUUAUAGCGAUGAAUUCCGCAGACUAAAGGGUGGUCCCAUGCUGAAGAAAUUCAUCAACGAUAUGUUAGCGAAAAAGAAUGGUACUUUACAGCCUGAAAAAAGAAAAAUGUUUAUGUAUAUCGGUCAUGAUAGCACUAUCGUCACCCUACUAGACACCAUGCACAUUUGGCGUAAUCAAAUGCCCUAUUUUAACAUUAUGACGAUGAUAGAGCUGCACGAAGACGAAGGUGAAUGGAAUGUUCAGAUAUUUCUAAGAAAUACGACAGCUCACGAACCAUAUCCGAUGACAAUACCUGGAUGCGACGUUGUAUGUCCUCUUGACAAAUUCGUGGAGCUCACGAAGCUAAUAAUACCAGAUAAUUGGGAGGAAGAGUGUAGGGUUGACAGUAACUAUACAACUCCAUCACCACCACCUCCAUAAUUAUAGAAAUUGUUAUAUACUAGUCAUGUUAUAAUUCAAAUAAUUUUAUUGUAUGCACAUUGUAAAUAGCUAUUUACAUCAUUGAUGUAGAAAACAACUCUUGUUGCUUUGUUUUUGUAUUUGGGAAUCCAAAUUAUUACUAAUUUAUGAAGCAUAGUCAAAUCCUUAAA